UCUUCGAGGACCUUCGAGGACCUUCGAGGACCUACAUAUUAUUAUGGACAAAGUUAUCAGAAACAAAUGUUAUCCAGCAAAAAUAGGAACAUGACAAUAAACGAAAUAAGCGGAAAACUGCAAAACGAAACUAAAGAUGGCAGUUCAAAAACAUUUUUUUAUACAGGGGAAAACUCUGAUUAUAUAAAAGAACCAAAGAAAACCAACACUUCGAGCCAUUCAAACUACCAAGCUUUUAAGAAGUUUCAAAAACAACUGGACCAUGAGAUGGUUUCAUGUCGACCUGCAGUUAAUUCUGAAAACAAUCAAUCGUGUGACCUCAAUAAAAAUAAAGACAAUGUAAAUAAAGUUGAGACAAGUAAAAAAGUUUUAGGCUUAGUUAAUCGCAACGAUCCUUCUCAAGUUUCGUUUCAAGAGGAAAGUGCAUGGCUCGAAAGUCUGGUUGCUGAAGAAGUUAUUGCCAACAAAAAUAAAGACUUAUUACAAAAACUUUCGACAGAUUUCAAAAUAGUGGGUUUACCUAUGUUACCUGCACCUACAAGCUCUCAAAAAGCUCCACCAGUUGAAAGAACGAAUUAUAAAUACCAAAGAUCAAAAAGCGAAUAUGUGAUUGAAGAUAAUAUUGUCAUCGAUAAAAGAAAGAGCUGGUUAGAAGAUAUGCUUCAAAAUGAAAAUAAACUAGUUGAAAAUAUUUUUCUAAGUAAAGUAAAUAAAAACGUUGCCAACGAAUCCAAUGAUUCAAUCGAUUCUUCAAGCAACAAAAAAAGUGAGUCACAGCACCUGCAAAAUGAAUCAAACUUAAAAUAUUAUUCAGACUUGAUAAAAAAUCAAAAAGAUUCUUGUAACAGUUUUGAAAAACCUUUUAAUUUUUCCUCGACAACCAAACAAAGAAAAAGUAUAGAUUUUAGUUUAGGAAACUCCAAAAAAUAUAAUUCAACAGAUAGUCUAGACAAAUUUAGUCUAGACAAGGAAGUUGUAACGAGCGCGCAAAGUGUUAAAGACGUUGCCAAGUUGUUUCAAACUCCAUUGCAAACUGAAAACAAUUUGAUUAAAAGGCAAAAUGACGCAAAAAUGAGAAAGUAUGCCCGUCCUAAAUCUUAUCAUGCAGGUGUUUUAAAUCAAUAUGAUUUGACUUCACAAGAUGUUUUAACAAGAAAUUCUAGUCAUGAAAACAAAAAUGACAUUUAUCCCCCCUCUAGUAAUGUCCCCUUCACUGACAUUAAUCUUAUUAAAAAUAAGUUUGGUAGUGCAAACAAUAUAUUUUCUGAUGCAAAAAACAUUAAUGCAGAAAAUAGCCAAUCAGAUUUUGAAGCCAAUAAACGUAACAUGAAUAAUGGAAUGAUAAACAUGCGCGUCGUCGAAGAUAUUGCCGAAACUGAAAGAAGAGAGCAAGAAAUCAGAGAAGAAAGAUUAAGAAGACUGGAGCGAGAAAAAAAAGAUCAAAAAUGUGGCGAACCAAACAAACAUGGACUAGCUGAAUUCAUAAAAGAAAAUGUAGUUGAAUUAUAAUUUUUUUUUUUUUAAUUAAAUUAUGCAGAAAAUAUGCAAAUUAUCCAGAAAAGAAGAAGCAGCAAAAUUGUCUUAAAAGCAAACCAUAGAAAAAACGUGACCUAUCAGUUAAAUUAUAGAAUAUUAUUAUUACAGCAUUAUUGUUAUUGUUACAAUAAUUACUAUCUAUACCUCUAUAUCAUUUUUAGUGUGUUCACAAACAGUAUCAUUUUCAUAAUACUUUAUUUUAUA